AUGAGACUGUACGAGAUCAAGGAGUUGGGUGUUGUCCUCACCAUUCAGCUGAAAGUUAAUAUGCCACUCCUCCUAGGGAUUGCGGUGGUGCAAACUGCCUAUGCAAAUGGGAGCUCAACACACUACCUGGAGAACACCAUGAACGUAACGGUAAGAUGCACUAAGACAGGAGUGAAGCAUCUUCAUCACGCAGCUCUGGAGUUUGACGUUGGCGUUUACUUUGAGGCAAAUGGCCACGGAACUGUGCUGUUCAGCAAGGCAGCCGAGGACCAAAUCCAGCAGCUGGCUCAGGACAGCAGCAGCAUCGAUGACGAGAGGAAGAGAGCCGCUCUCAUGCUGCAGAGUACCGUCAACGUCAUCAACCAGACAGUUGGAGAUGCUCUUUCUGACAUGCUGCUGAUUGAGGCCAUUCUAGCCAUCAAAGGGAUGACGGUGGAGCAGUGGGACAGGAUCUACACGGAUCUGCCAAACAGGCAACUCAAAGUCAAGGUGUCUGACCGCCGGGUAAUAGACACCACAGACGCUGAGAGAAGGGCGGUGAGCCCAGCAGGCCUGCAGGACGCCAUCGACGGCCUGGUGAAGAACUACAGAAACGCUCGCUCUUUUGUCAGGCCGUCUGGGACGGAGGAUGUGGUGAGAGUCUACGCAGAGGCGGACACGCAGGAGAGUGCCGACGCUCUGGCUCAUGACGUCAGCCUUGCAGUUUAUCGCCGUGCGGGCGGGGUGGGCGAGGAACCCAAACCACUUCAUUCACAAACUUAAAGAUUCAGUCUUUUGAAAUAACAGUGCUGGUAAGAAUCUAAAAGUGCACAUUCUUGUUUUCUGGGAACUACGUAAUUACUUUAAAAUAUUUAUUUGCACUUAAAGCUCUAACUGUGAUUAUGAGGGAUUAUGUUUGAUUUAAUGUGGCAGAAAUGAAUAUUCUGACUUAUAAUGUCAGCUUUUCUUUAGGGUAACAAUGAACUGUGUUUUCUUAAACUGUAUUGUUUUUCUAAAUCAACCCAUUACUGUAAGCCUUUUUUUCUAAGAUGAUGAUGAUGAAAAAAAAUGGUA